AUGCCUCUCUACGAAGUCGAACACUCCAUCCCGUUGGAAAAAUCCGAACGCGAUCAACUCGCCCAGGAGAUUACACGCAUCCACGCCAGGAAAUUCACCACGCCCAGUCUAUUCGUGAAUAUCCGCUUCAUCGACGCGAACAGCCAGACAAAUUACGUCGGCGGAAAGGAGCGUUCUAUCAAUCGCAUCCUGGCUCACGUCCGCACCGGCGGAGACAGAAGCACCGAUGACUUUGGCAGCGUGGCUGCGUUGAUUCAUACCGCUUGGUUUCAAAUCAUUAAUCGCAAGGGAACUGACGACCGGACAGGGCGAGAAUUGAGCGCCGUGUUUAUCCUGGGCGACAUCAUUACGGGUAUAGAAAAGGGGCUUCUGAUACCAAAGGCCGGAGAAGAUGCAAAGUGGCUCAAGGAUCAUUAUGAAGUUUUUGAGGAACGGGCGGGGCGGGGGGAUGAAGACUUUGCUGGUCUGAUUGAGGAACUGCGGACUAGGACAGACUUGGUUGCGAAGCUGCAACAGUAG